GGAUUAUAAACAAUAAACAUAAACCCAUUUGUUUGCCCUUCAAUUCCCAUUUCCCAUUAUCCCCAUUUCAAUUUUCAUCUUUCUUCUUCCAUUUCUCUCUCUUUCUGCAGACCAACCAAAAGGAGAAAAGACCACCCUCUUCCCUUCCCUUCCCUUUUCCCUCUUUCAUUUCUUCUCUAUCUUCUUCUCUUUAAUCCUUUGAUUAUUCCGAUUCUCGAUCUGCUGCUCUUCACUUUUUGUUCCGAAAUGGUCGAUUCUUUCACCCGACGGCUUAUUGGUGCGUCCUUUUGAUCAGGGUGUUUUUUCUCUUUCAAUUUUUCACCCAUUCAAACGGGUGUUCACUUGUUCAUUUGGCGAUGACAAAUCAUAUGUCUUUGGAUGUUCCUUUGAAUGGAUGUUGGAAGAAACUCGUUUUUUAUGAACUUUGGAUAUCCUACAUCUGCUUGAUUUCCCACAUGACAAACUCCAUGGAAACGGAAGAGGGUAUCGCUAAAUCAUGGUUACAUUUGGAAGACACAUAGCAUUGGCUUAUAUUUAGAUUUGGGAAUUGCAAUCAUUUUAUGUUUCUUUUUUCAUCAGGGUACAAAUAAGCAUAGGUAGUUAAGCAUUUAAAACCACAGUGCUUUAAGGUUGAUGAUUGUCCAUUAGAAACCUCAGUAGAGAGGCAGGCAUCUGACAUACAACAGCAUUAGAGGAAACUCAAGGCUCUCAUCCAAGGGAGAAAAUUAUAUAUGUAAUAAUAAAAAAAUAGAAAAUAAAAAAAGAGAGAAGGAACCUGAGAGAAAUCCUAUUUGGAAUAUACAGAUUAGUCUCUAGUAAGAUCGAUCAUGGGGUUGCCGCAAGUUCCCAUCAGUGGAACAACCGAGGAGGCACCAGCAGGCUCAUUGAGCAUGUUUCUGCAGAGCCCUCCACGUUUUAAUGAUGUGAGUACUUGCAAUUUGGCUGGAGUCUGCAAUGGAGGCUUAAGUAGGUGUGCUGGUAGUUCAACAUACUCUUCCUCUGGAGAUUCUGAGAGAAACUUCUAUAUGGAGCUUCCUAAUUUUUGUGAAAACUUGGCUAAGGUUGGUGGGGGAUCGGAAAAUGCUUCCGAUUAUCAGGGUCCCAAAAUUGGCUCUAUGGAUGACGGUUGCUGGUUUAAGUUCAAAUGUGGACGAGAGAACCAUAAGCCUGUUUCUAGGAUAGUGGGAUUUGCGUCAGGGGAAACUAGUUCUACAAAUGAUGAAAACAUAGUUGAUAUUAGGCUCAAUGAAUCUGAAUCCAGUGGUUCAGCAGUCAGAAAGCGGCUGUUAUCUCCACUGAGUAGCAUGCUUUUUCCAGAUCAGUUUAAGGGCGAUCUUUUGGACAUUGGUGGCAGAAAAACUGAUACCUCUAUAUCUGAAAAUUUAAGAAUUUCUGCACCCCAUGAUUUUAAGAAAGCCCAUGUUGGAAGCAAACAUGAUUUUACCUUGCGAAGUCAAUCUCUAGCAGGUUUAUUGGAACAGAAAAAAAUGCUGUAUGAUGACAGUGAUGUUGUGAAAUCAAUUGUUUUGAGCGAUAGUCCUCUGCUAGAAAACAAGAAAUCCAUUAGUCAGGAUGAGAUUUUGUCUUGUCCAGGACACGAUCAACUCAGUAAGUUGAGUCGAGUAAGAACCCAUGUGGAUUCUGAAAGUCUAUCCCCUGAAUCGGUGUCUGUGGUUCCACUUUCUCUGUCACCUCUUGGUCCAAAGAUUUCUGAGAGAAUGAAAAAUGCUGGAAGAUGCAGAAACAUCAAGAAAGAGAAUGUUGGUUAUCAUUCAUUUCUUGGUGAUAUUGAAAAAACAAUUGGUGGUUCAGACUCACAUAUUUUAUUUGCCUCUGAUGAAGAGGAAAUCAAAUCAUUUGAAGAUGUUAUUUUGGAUAAAGAGUUUCGGCCGUCCUCCCUGGAAAGUUCCAAGAGCGCACGCUGGAUUAUGUCUCAGGAUUCAGUCCCUACUUCUCAGAGCAUGCGCUUUGUUAGAAGUUUGAGUGGACUUCCUGUUAGGAGAUCAUUGGUUGGUUCUUUUGAGGAGUCAUUAUUAUCCGGUCGGUUCUUAUCUGGCAAACUAUGUCAGAAAAUUGAUGGUUUUCUGGCUGUACUAAGCAUUACUGGAGGGAACUUCUCACCGCAGUCGCAGAAGCUGCCAUUUUCAGUAGCAAGUGUGGAUGGAGAUCGCUACUUGCUAUAUUAUGCAUCCAUUGAUCUUGCCAAAAAUUCCUUACUAAACAAGUAUAGAGCUCAGAAAUCCAAACAAGUUUCAAAUACUGAUGAGUCGCAAUUGGUGAAGAGCCGCCUUCGGGUUCCUAUGAAGGGGCGUAUACAACUGGUUCUCAGCAAUCCUGAGAAGACUCCCUUGCACACUUUCCUCUGCAAUUAUGAUUUGAGCGACAUGCCAGCUGGCACUAAGACAUUCUUGCGCCAGAAGGCUACUAUAAGUUCAUCUGUUGCAGCUUCUAUGCAAUCAAGAGAAGGAAAGGUCGACCACAACAAUAAAAUGGCAGACAAUGCGAUGUUAGCCUCCCAAAGAGGUGAGGAUAAAGUGGUUAGCAAGAACAUAAUGGAGACCAAUGGGAUUAAUACUGAACAUAAAUGGGAGAGUUUGAAAAAUGGGAAUGAAAACCGAAGGGAAAGCUCUGAUAUGGUUGAUUUCAUUCAUAAUGGGGAUGGAUCAGAGCAAAUCUUCGAUAACCAAAAAAAAGAUUCUGCUUCUGUAGGUGUUGAGAAUCGGUACGAGAGGCCUGAUCAGAAGGAUGGUUGUUGGGUUGAGAAUUUUUGUGCAACUGACAAGAAACUAUUGCACGUCUGUUCAAAGGUCAAUGAGAAUACUGCAGGCGCUCUACGUUAUGCUCUGCACCUCCGUUUCCUAUGCCCCUUUCCAAAAAAAUCUUCUAGGUCGUCUCGGAAAUCCAAAUCAGAUUCUCUCUCUGCUCAAAAUAAGCCUCACCUGGAUAUAGAUGGCGAAAGAAAAUUCUAUCUAUACAACGACAUGAGGGUGGUCUUUCCUCAACGCCAUUCAGAUUCUGAUGAGGGCAAGUUGAAAGUAGAAUACCAUUUUCCAGAAGAUCCCAGAUACUUCAGCAUCAGCUGACAUGGCCUCUUCCCAAUUAUCAAGCCAAAGCAAAGAUUGUUCUUUUCUAACAUGUAUCAAAUGGUGUACAUAUUGAAUUUGGUGUUUUCUGCCAUUUCCAUCCCAAAAUGGCUUAACCCAAUUCCCAUCAUCUUCCCCUGUAUAUAAUCUCUUCCAUAUUGAACCAAAGUCUUUACCUCUCAUUUGUUCUGUCAAUUGUUCGCAGACAAGUUCAAUUGAAAAAAAAAAAAGGUAAAAAUAAUGAAAAUCUUUUGUCA